AUGCGCAACUCAAUCCCCCUCAUCUGCCUCGCAGCCAUCCCUCUAGUAUCAGCCUGCACAUUCUCCUUCCAGACCUCGCAAAACAAAGUGAACUUCGGCGGCAGCAACACUGUGAAAUGCGAGCUGUUCGCCUACACAAGCGACGAUCCCGAUCAGUACAGUGACGACCCAGACGCAACCACCGAGAUCAAGUGCGCCGGCGGCUGCGGCACAUUGAACAUCAACGGCAAGGACUGGGAGGGCUGCAUUGAGGGUAUCAAUGACCUGGAACUGUCCGGUACUGCCACUAUCAAAGAGGGCGAAUCGACUACCACUGUUUGGCCUGGUGGCCAGUCGAGCUCCCAGGCUGAUACUAACCCGUUGGCGUCUGGGAGAUACCACUUCUUCUGGUUGAACAACGUUGAGUGCUAG